UGUGUGGUCUAGAUGAUACUGGAUAUAAAGACAAUCGUUCAAACGGUACAUUUGCAGAAGUGUCAGAAUUGUCUUGAUCCUGUUGAGCUGCAGUAUAUGCUGUAAAGAGUUUAUCUGGUGUAUUAGAAAAGAUGGCAUUCGGAUUGGUCUUUUUCUUGUAUUUCUGGGCAGCUGUUGCCAAUGGUAAACAGGCAGAGCUGAAACUGGAGGCAGAUCAGCCGUUCCUGCGUGUUCCUCUCUCCCAUGAAGCCACAAUCCAGUGCUGCUACUGCUGUAAGGAGAACCUCACUGUCAGCUGGAUCAUGAAAACUUUCACCAUGAAUGGCACCAUAAUACCCAGAUUUGUAAUUAUGUCAGAGAAUGUGGCUGCUGAAGCAAAUGGAAUCAAAUGCCAUCCAUUGGUUCUGAAGAACGUCCUUCUCAAUGACACAGGCCUGUACCAGUGUUACCUGAAUCACAGCUCUCAUCGCAUUUCCAUCUUUACUCAUGGCACCUUCCUCCAAGUCUACAAACCCUUCUUGAAGACCCUGAACCUCAGUGAAAGUGUCAAGAACAGCAUCAUUACAGCUGAGGGAGUAUUGCUGCUGCUGUGCGUGCUGAUCCCCAGCACCAUGCUCCUCUGUAAGUCAAAGACAUUGAAUCAACUGGAGAGAAAGAAUGGAAGGGAGGAGGAGAAUAUCUAUGAGGGUCUAAACUUGGAUGACUGCAACUCAGUAUACCAUAAAAUUCAAUGCUCUCAAAUGCAAGGCCCAUAUCAGGACGUAGCUAACUGUGGAGGUGACAUUCAGCUGGAGAAGCCUUAGCUGGAGCUAUAAAAAAGGGGAAGGGAACAAUAUUAAACACGAUAUGCAUAAAGAUGAGAGGACAAAAUUGGGAUAAGUAGGAAGUGAAAUAACAGGUGUUUAGGACCAUGUGUUUGAGUGUCAAAUGUUUCAAUUUCAGAAUUUUGUAAGCCUGUUGUCAGUAGCCUAUAAAGUAUGUCUUUGCCACUGUAUAAACUUGUUUGUGAUCUGCAGGGGGGAUUAUUUCAACGUUUUGUGCUUUAGUGUUUUAUUUCUGCUUAAUAUUUUGAUAUAUGUCACUUUUUAAGGGUGCCCUGAAAAGGAGUAAUUUGUUCAAAACAAAUACAUUAA